AAAUCUCGAAGUCGAAGCAGCUCCGUCAUUCCCUAAUAUCACUUCUUCUUUUUCUUCCUAAUGGAUCUAACUAGGGUCUCAAACUCCCUAUUUGACUGAAAUUCACAGCUUCUUCACAAUUUUUUCCAAGAUAUUCGAGCUUCGACAUGUCGAAAGAGACCUCUACUUCUCGACUCGUAGCUCGAAACGUUUUGAAGAGCACGCUAUCCGAAGCGAACGAGAAUGGUUUCGAAACUUCGCCGAAUCCGAUCCAUUUUCCACCUCCUAGAACUCCUCUGAACGCAAUUCAGGAUCCAUCUCAGUACCAAACGGACCUCCAGGAUCCCGAUUUCGAUUCUCAUCACAAGUUGGAAGCAGGUCGAGCGGGUCGAGCGGGAAAUGCCGGUCUCAGCUACGGGACUCCUAGGGUUUCGGGUCGCGCUGGAGCGAAGGCGCAGUCGGAGCCGAACUCGGCGCAGAGCACUCCGGCGAAGAGGGCUUCCAUUGGUGGAGCGACGGGGCCUUGUGCUGUGAGCAGAGCUCCUCCAUUGUACACCGGAGGGAGAGGGAGUUCCUCUAGGGUUUUCAGAGGUUUUUCGGCUGAGAAUUCCGAAUUUCCAGUGGACGUCCCACAUUUUGAGCUCGUGGACGACCCGUCGUUCUGGACGGACCACAAUGUGCAGGUGUUGAUACGGAUUCGACCCUUGAGUACUAUGGAGAGGGUUUCACAAGGUAACGGUCAAUGCUUGAGGCAGGAAAGUGCGCAGACCUUGGUGUGGCUUGGUCAUCCUGAAACCAGAUUUACCUUUGAUCAUAUCGCUUGGGAGACUAUAUCACAGGAAAACCUGUUCAGGGUUGCUGGACUCCCCAUGGUGGAGAAUUGCAUGUCGGGUUAUAAUAGCUGCAUGUUUGCAUAUGGUCAGACAGGAAGUGGCAAAACAUAUACUAUGAUGGGUGAGGUAUAUGAAAUGGAAGGAAAGCUCAAUGAAGAUUGUGGGAUAACUCCACGCAUUUUUGAAUAUUUAUUUACAAGAAUUAGAGCGGAAGAAGAGAGCAGGAGGGAUGAAAAGCUGAGAUAUAGCUGCAAAUGUUCCUUUCUAGAGAUAUACAAUGAGCAGAUAACGGAUCUUUUGGAGACUUCAUCAACUAAUCUGCAACUCAGAGAAGACUUGAAGAAAGGGGUAUAUGUUGAAAACCUCAGAGAGUAUAAUGUGAGGACUGUCAAUGAUGUCGUCAAACUUUUGUUGCAGGGUGCUGCAAACAGAAAAAUGGCGGCAACUCAUAUGAACAGUGAGAGUAGCCGUUCCCACAGUGUUUUUACUUGUAUCAUUGAAAGCCGCUGGGAGAAAGAUUCCAUGAGUCUUUUCCGAUUUGCAAGGUUAAAUUUAGUAGAUCUAGCGGGUUCUGAAAGGCAGAAAAGCUCUGGUGCAGAGGGAGAUCGUUUGAAAGAAGCAGCAAAUAUAAACAAAUCUUUAUCGACUCUUGGCUUGGUGAUAAUGUCUUUAGUGGAUUUAGCGCAUGGGAAACAUAGGCAUGUUCCCUACAGAGAUUCAAGGCUCACAUUUCUACUUCAGGAUUCUUUGGGUGGAAACUCAAAAACAACGAUUAUUGCAAAUGUCAGCCCAGCUAUUUGCUCUGCAAAUGAAACACUCAGCACUCUGAAGUUUGCCCAACGUGCCAAACUUAUUCAGAACAAUGCUAAAGUGAAUGAAGACGCGUCAGGUGAUGUAACUGCACUGCAGCGACAAAUUCAGCAGUUAAAGGGCCAGUUGUCCAUUUUGAUGAAGCAUAAUAACCUUACAAGGUCUAUCUCAAAUUAUAUUCCGCCUUUUGAAGAAUCUGGAUUGAAUAACUUAUCAGAGGAAUGUGACUCUUUAGGAGAAAGAAAGCCCACUGGUAACCGUAAGAUACAUAGUCCCCAAAGCAGGAAGAUGAAAUGCAUGGAAGCUACUUUAGUUGGUGCUCUGAGGAGAGAAAAAAUGGCAGAGACUGCAGCUCGGAAGUUAGAAGCUGAAAUUGGACACGUGAACAGCUUGGCUUGCCAAAGGGAAGAGGAGGCUCAGCAUACUAAAAUGAUGCUAAGGUUUCGUGAGGAGAAAAUCAAACAACUUGAAUUGGUAGUGCAUGGCAGUCUGUCUUCUGAGAACUAUCUCAUGGAAGAAAAUAAGGCUUUUCUGGCAGAAAUUCAGCUGCUUCGGGCUAGGAUUGAUAGGAAUCCAGAAUUGACCCGAUUUGCUCUGGAGAAUAUCAGACUUCAUGAGCAACUCCAACUAUUUCAAAAUUUUUAUGAACAAGGAGAGAGAGAAAAGUUGCUGGCUGAAGUUUCAGAAUUACGCAAGCAGCUUCUGGAAACACUUGAAGGAAAUAUUUUGUUCUCUACAAGAAACGAUAAUCAGGAUAGUGAUAGUAUAAAGGAGUUGGAAGAUUGCAGGAAUAUGAAUUUCAAACUGAUUAGGGAAGUAGAUGAAUUACAAACAGAACUGAGAAACUAUUUGAACUGCAGCCAAGCAUCUGACUCUGUUACAAGUUCUUUCUCCAAGGACUCUGGGGAAUUUAAGCAAACAGAUAAUUGUUCAUUGGUAGAAAACAUAUAUAUCCAAAGUGACUUUGGAGAAGAGAUAACAUCUCGCACCCAGGCAGAUGACGAGGCUCUACAGAAUAUAAUUGACAAGAAUAUGGGUGAUGAUUCAGUGUCACAGCCUAUUGAUACUCAGAAAGAGUUGAUUGAUGCUAGAUUGUUGAUUGAAGCAAUGGAGUCAGAGCAGGUCCAUCUAAUUACUGAGCUGCAGCAUACCCAGGAGGAGAAUCAAAGACUCGUGGGAAUGUUAAGCAACAAGGAAAAGGUAGACAGACAAUCCAUACUGGAAGUUCAAAGUCAUUUGCUGAAAUUAGGUGAUUUAGAAACACAAAACAUUGGCUUGCUGAUGGAGGGAAGAGAAGACAUUGAAAGGAAGGUUUUGCAAGCCAAGUUGGACAAAAUGAGUAAGGACCUUGAGGAGGUCAGAUCACUUAAUAACCAAUAUCGUGAAGAUCAGGCAUUCCAUUCAUCUCAGCAGCACCAAAUCGAACUAGUCUGUGAACAGGUUGAGAUGGAGACAAGCAAAACAAUUCUUCAUUUACAAGAGGAUGUUGCUGCUCUUCAGUUAGAACUUCACGAAAGGUUUUGUUACAUGACUCAAGAAAAUUCAAGUCUAAGAAACACAAUAGCAGCUAAAGAGGAGGAGAUAAAGGCGCUUUGUAUGGAGUGGGAAAGGGCAACCUUGGAACUGACAAGCUUCCUUGUUGACGGUUCUAAAUCCCUCAAAGAUGCAUCUGGUCAGAUAGACGGUAUUGCUCGUUCAUUUCCCCAGGCUAGUUGUUGUAUUAGUGAACAUGUAGAGAGGGCUGCCAGAGUUUGCAUGGAGAAGGAAGAAAGUAUUCUGCUCUUAGAAAAGAGCUUGGAAGAUGCACAAAUGAUGGUUAUGGAAAUGGAGCUGAAGCUACGUUCAUUAAAGGAUGCAACAAUGGCUUUGAAUGAAUUCCAACGACUUGAUACUGACGAAAGCACUGAGGCAAUCCAUUUAAGCAAGCUGUUGUAUGAGAACACCAACAUUGGAAAUAUGGAAGAUAGUGAAUGCAAAAUCAAGAAGGAUCAGGUUAAUGAAGCAGCACAAUGUGCUAAUGCUGCUUUUCUAGCAGGUGAAUGGCUUUCUGAUUGUCACAAGGUUGCUCAGAGAAACGAUGUCGAGAAAGACAUUCCAAUCCUGAAACUGGCUAAUCCCACUGAUGUGGGCAACCAUAAAAUUUCUGAGACGAAGGCUGACACUAAUGUCUUAGCACUGGAGUAUGUUGAGGCCCAAGUGAAGUUGGCCAGAUCAGGAGUUUUGGAGUCUGAGAAUGCUAUUAAUGAAUUUUAUACAGAUAUAGAAAUGCAUAUAUCAUCCCUCCAAAUUGAUGUCUGCAAAAUUUCUUCUGCAUAUAGGGAGUUGGUUCAGGACUUGGUGAAAGAGAUUCAUGAAACAAGGAAGACAUAUAUGGAAUUCAGACAGAACCAUAAGAAUUCUCUGUUCUACACGGUUGAAUCACUAUCAAUGGAACCACAAAAAUUUCUGAACCUUGGAAACCAGAAUCACAGGCUGACUGAGAUAAGAGACAGACUUGCUGAAACAAAUGACAUACUGGAGAGUAUUAAAGAUUGCAUCAAUACAAAAGUAAACAUGUGUGAGUGUUUCUCGGACUCUGAAGAUUCAGUUGAAGUAGAUACAUGGAAUCUGGAUAGUUCUAUAUCUGGCUCUGAUGUUUCAACUGAAAGUGUUGCUUCAGGAAUCAAAUUGGAUGCCAUCUCAUGUACUUCCUGCUCUAGGUUUCCUCCAGGGCUAAAUAUGAUGGCCAUGAAAGUUGAAGGCUUGGUAGUUCAAUCUGAUGAUCAAGAAUCAGAAAAGUCAAAGAAGCUCUUGGAAGGUUCAGAGGCUCAGAGUGAAGCAACGAGAUUCUGCCUGAGAAAGGAAUUAGAGAUGGUAUUCGAUGCUUUUAGUCAACUAUAUGUUCAUUUAACAACACUACUCAGUGGGUCAGAUGUUGGGGAUUGUUCUUACCCAGAAGAGUUGAAGCAAGUUAUUCCAUCUAUUGAGUUGGGGAUGGAGAAAGCUGAAGUAGGCUGCUAUAAUACAAGAGAGGUAGUUGAUGAUGCAAAAGUGAAUCAACCUUUUAGCUUUUUGACCAAAUUUGAGGAAACCCGUGCAACAAUGAGAGAAGCUGAUUUGAUGUUAAAUGCUUUGCUGAAAGCAAAUGAAAAUGCAAAACAGUUGACUGACAUGUGGAAGCAAACUGGUGAGAAUUUGAUGGUAGAGAGAGCAAGCUUGGUUGAAGAAGUUGAACAACUUAAGUCAUUACUUCGUUUGAAAGAAGGAGAGAAUGAAUUACUGCAGGAUCAAAUCCAUUAUGGUAUGGAAGAGAUAGUGAACUCAUUCUCUUUGCUUGAAGGCUGUUUUCAACAAAUGCAAAAGGUUGUGGAUGAGAGGUUCAACAUGAUAUAUUCUGAUGCCUUAUCUAUAGGACAGGAGAUGCUUUACUUAGUUAGCAACUCCAGGUCAUCACUAGAAGAUAUUUGCACUGAGACAAUGGAGAAACGAUUUGCUUUGUUUGUGCUGUACCAGUGUCAUGUAGAGGAGUUAAUCAGCAAACUCCCAUGUUUUAAUGCACAACCUGGUUUGUAUCCUUCCAGACAUCAAGAAUGCAGUCCAGUAGUAAAUUUGAAAAGUAUCUCAAGUGGUAAGGAUGACAUCAUGGGUGCUGAUGAGAAAGUCAUAGGGGAAGGAGGUGAAUGUGAAAUAGUCAGAAAGUUGGAAGAGGGAGAAGUGGGGUUGUCCAGUGAUAAUCUAAUAUAUGAGAACUUUGCACUUAAGAAAGAAUUGGAGCGGAAAGAAGUUUUAUUGGAAGGUUUGCUUUUUGAUUUUAGAUUGUUGCAGGAAUCAACUUCCAAUACGAAGGACAUCAAAGAUGAAACUGAAAAGCUAAUAUUUUCUUUAAGCCUAGUUCGACAUGAGCUAGAGAUGAAAACAAGUCAGCUUGAUGACAUGCUGGUUCAGUAUAGAAAACUUGAAGGUCAUCUAGCUCAUACUGAAAAGGCUUUGUUGAUAUCAAAUUCUGAUCUUGAGCAGGCUAAUAACACAAUAGACUGUUAUUCUAACCAAAAUGCUGAGUUGAAGGUGCUUCUAAAAGAUCUCUAUCUAAAAAAAUCUGAAACUGAAGUGUUAUUGGAUGAACAGAAGGAGAUGGUCAAAGGUUUGGAAAAAGAAAUUCUUCAUUUAACUUCGUCAGUGGAAAAACAAUCACUCUCUUUGGUUAAAGGCAUCGAGGAUGAAUUGAGGAGGGUUACCAGCGAAAGAGACGAACUCUGCGAACAAGUUCAAUCCUUGAACGCUACGCUUGAGAUGGCUUAUGCAUUGGCUGAUGAAAAGGAAGCUAUUGCUGUUGAAGCUCGCCAGGAGUCAGAGGCAAGUAAAAUAUAUGCUGAACAAAAGGAAGAGGAGGUUAAGAUUUUAGAACAUUCGGUUGAGGAGCUUGAGCGUACCAUAAAUGUGUUGGAGAAAAAGGUAUAUGAAAUGGAUGAGGAGGUAGAACGACAUCGACUGAUCAGAGAUUCACUGGAACUGGAACUUCAAGCUUUAAGACUGACAUUUUCAUCAGUUGAAAACUUCACUGGGAAUGUGGAUUCAGGAAACUCUAAUGCUGAACAACUUGAAGAGCAUAUAUCUAGGCAGCUGCACGGUACAUUAGUAGAACUUCAUGAAGCACAGAAUCAGAUAAAACUUCUUGAAGAGGAAAAAGCAGAUCGGGAUAAACAGAUCAAACAAUACAAAGAGUACAUCUCCGAACUUGUAUUGCAUGCUGAAGCCCAGGCAUCACAAUACCAACAAAAGUACAAGACUUUGGAGGCCAUGGUUCAUGAAGUGAAAACAGAUUUGUCAUAUUCAACAUCAAAUACUCCAUCAUUAGAUAAAACCGAAAGGAGCUCAAUGAGGACAAGGGGCUCCAGCUCACCAUUCAGAUGCAUCACAAAUUUGGUUCAGCAGAUGAAUUUGGAGAACGAUCAGGAACUUUCAGUGGCCAGGCAUCGUAUAGAGGAGCUAGAGGCGUUGGUGGCCAGUCAGCAGAAAGAGGUAUGCAUGCUCAAUACAAGGCUGGCUGCAGCAGAAAGCAUGACACAUGAUGUCAUCCGGGAUUUACUUGGUGUGAAGUUGGACAUGACUAACUAUGCAAACUUAAUAGAGCAGUAUCAGGUUCAAAGGUUAGUGGAGGAGGCUCAUCAGCAGACAGGAGAAUUCCUGGCAAAGGAGCAAGAAAUUCUCAAUUUGAGAAAGCGGAUUAAAGAUCUACUUGAGGAAAGAGAGAGUUGCAUAUCAGAAAUAAAUAAGAAGGAAGCAGAUAUAAUUGCUGUCGAGAUCACUGUAGAGCAACUCAGAGAGCGGGAUCAAUUGCUCUCUGCACAGAAUGAGAUGUUGAAGAUGGACAAGACCAACCUAAAGAGGAAGGUUGCAGAACUGGAUGAGAUGGUAAAAGCACUUCUUGGACCACCACCAAGUAUGCAACAGCAAACUCAACUGAUCUUGAAGAACAAGGACAACACCUCAUUAAAACUGGGAGUUGGUGAUGCUGAUUUCACUAAGAGGCUGGCUCAUUCUGAAAAGCUUCUUUCUCACGUGAAUGAUGAAAUUGCUCAGUAUCGCCGAUCUAGUGGCAGUCAUCUAAAUGACAGAACUUAUGGACAUGGCUUAGAAACAAAAUAUAGGAAGCACAAGGCUUAGGUUGAUGGUCGUAGAAUUCCACUCUAAUGCUGUACAUUGACCUAAUGCCGGUUGCGUCCGUAUGCAUUGUUGUCUACCAACGGAAGGUGAUAUUUUGGGUCUCAUCGGAUUACCAGGGCAUUGGGAUUAGCUGAAAGAUUACGAGUGAGCAGCACAUUUCCAUGCCAACUCCAUAAAGUUGUAAAAAUUGUAUUAUAUCUUUUAUUUUAUUUUAAUUUUAUUUUUUCAUUUUUUAACUUUUUGGGGGUUGGGAGUCUUUUUCAUUACAAUCGUGGCGGAACGGACUUGGUUUGCAAAUUCAAUUGUUGCAGUACAUUUAAAAUGAACUUGCUAUUCAGUUCAAACAAUGAUAUGUAAAGCACGCGCCAUUCAAUUUAUAUAUAUAUAAUAUUCUUGGUU